AUGGCUCUGGAUCAUUCUCCUAAGAUGUAUUCUAUCGAGGCUGAUAAAGAAACUCACGAUGUUGAUGAUGCGCCGCAGUCAAUUGUCGCGCAGCCUGUCUGGACAGAAGACGAAGAGAAGGCAGUCGUCAGAAAACUCGACAUGAUCCUCAUGCCUCUCCUUGUCCUCGGCUUCUACGCCCUCCAGCUCGACCGCAGCAACAUCAGCAACGCCCUGACCGACACGCUCACAACCGAUCUAAACAUCACCAAGGACGACGUCAACCUCGGCGACCAGCUCAUGAUGGCCGGCAUAAUCAUCGCCGAGAUCCCCUCCAACAUCAUCCUCCAGAAACUCGGCGCACCGAUCUGGCUUACGGGCCAGGUACUCAUCUGGGGCACUGUUGCGCUGACGCAAGCUUGUGUCACGAAUGUGCAGUCGUUCUUUGCGACGCGUUUCCUGCUGGGCUUCUGUGAGGCUGGGUUUAUCCCGGGUGGGCAGUAUAUGCUUGCGCUGUUUUAUCGGGAGAAGGAGUUGGCGCUUAGAACGUCCAUCUUCUAUUUUGGGAAUUAUUUUGCUACUGCGACGGGGUCGUUGAUCGCUGCGGGUGUUUUGCAGAUGGGCGGUAUAGCUGGUCUGGCUGGUUGGCAGUGGCUCUUCAUCAUUGAAGGUAUUUUUACCCUACUAGUCUUUGUUGUCUUCGUCCUUCUUCUCCCUCGAUCUCCAAUUCAUACCCAACCUAUUCACGGGUGUUUCGACCUCUUCACCUCUCGUGAGCGCGAAAUCAUGCACGACAGAAUCUAUCAAGAAGACAUCUCCAAGACCGAAGCCCACGCAAAUAUCACCGUCCGAGGCGUCAUCGCCGCCCUCGCCGAUUACCGUAUCUGGAUCCACACUAUUCUCAACCUCGUGUCACUCGCGCCCAAGGGCGGUCUUCAACUCUACGGCCCAACCAUCAUUCGAAGUCUGGGCUUUAGCAAGAUCAACUCCAACCUUCUUAACUCGGUCAGCAGCUUUCUCGUCGUGUUCCUCAGCUUUGCCAUCGCUUGGGCGUCCGACAAAACGAAACAGCGAGGUCUGUGGUGCAUGGCCGCAUUUCUUUGGAGCAUUACAUUCGGCGGUGCUCUGUUUGGAUCAACUGAUAAGGAUAAGUGGACCAAAUAUGCACUCUUCACGCUCUUGAGCAGUGGCAAUGCGCUAUCUCAGGGUCUCAAUGAUGCCUGGCUGAGUAUCAAUGCUCGAUCUGCUGAGACGCGCAGUAUUGGAUUGGCCAUGGUGGUCACUGGGAGCAAUGCUGGUGGGUUGGCUGGAAAGCAGCUAUUUCGCGAGAGUGAUGCGCCAAAGUAUACAAAGGGAUUUCUGGCUAUUGUUUUAUUGUAUGCUGCUGCUUUGCCCAUUACCGCUAUGAUUAUGGGGGUUUAUUGGAGGCAGAAUAAGAAAUUGGAGAGGGAGCUUGUUGAGGACGAGGGUGAUAUUGAUGAGCGGACAGGAAGAAGGCAGCGCUUUCAGCUGUAG